GUUCGAGUGGAGGGGUUUGAUUACAUAGGGGUUGGUAACUCCACCAACAAGAAGGAUGCCCAGGCUAACUCGGCCAAAGACCUCACCCAGCACCUUGUCAGACAGGGCCUUAUUCAACAGUCAGAGGUCCCAGAUAUGGGGCCUUCAGUAGCAUCAGGUGGAGGCCAAGAGGGUGGAGCUGCUAUGGCUGGAGGUUCAGGGUUUGUGGGCCUUCCAGGAGGUGUGAAUGCACCGCACCAAUCUCUGGGACUAGGUGGACCCAAUAAGCCUCCACAGGAAUUUGGUGGCCCUGAACGGGAAUUGCCAGCCUAUCAGAGAGGACCACCACUCAGCUACAUGGAAAGGAUAGCUGAGAAACGUAACCUAGAGGAG